CAACAAGUUGGUUCCUACCCGCCCUGAACCCGCACCGAACCGAACCGAAUGCCACUCUACGCAAGAGCUGGAAAUGUCAUCAACAACUGAGAAAGCGUUCAGUAUCUAUGAGCUGAGCGAGCGGAUACUUCUGUGUUUGGAUAAUUAUCUGGAAAUAAUUCGAGCCCAGCGUGUUUGUUGUACCUGGAGAGAUGUUAUCCAGACGUCCCCGGCGCUCCAGGGGUUUUGCUGGUAUCGACCCAACAAUAUCAAGGACACUCAAACGCAGUCAAUUUCUGGUGAAGAAGGAUGGAUAUUGAACCCUGCUUUUAACCGGAUGGCUGUUUCAAUAUCCAAGAAUGAAACAUGUGGGGUACUACACGAUCAGGGAAAUUUUACCUUGAAGGAACGUAUCUACGACAAACCUGGAUCAUGGACGACUAUGCUGGCCACGCAGCCUCCCUGCCAGCGAAUGGUGGUAGAAUUCAAUGGUGAUUAUUCUGAUGAUGACAUACUGUCCUAUCUUAUUUUAUCCACGCAUGGCUAUCUUCUCGCAGGUGAUGUCAUGGCCGUCCUAGCAGAAUGCCAGAAUCGAGUGCAACACAGCCUCGAUAUUACAGGUGUAACAUAUCAUGAGGAUGGCCAACUAAUUCCAUGGUUUAGUGCCUGGUGGGAUAGUUCGAGCUGGUUAGGUCUUAGAGAAAUACCGGAUGAUGUGUCGAUCAAAGUUGCAAGCGAGCUGUCAUGGGGGAUGGGAUCACAUCCAGUAUUCUCUCUCCAGCGCCUCGAUAAUCAGAACUAUUUUCUGCAUGAGAUGAUAAUAUAUAAUGGGCAGAAAUACCAGGGGAAUUCUAGUUUCUCAUUUGUGCCAUCCUGCACCACAGAGUAUGAAGCAAAUCUGUUGGUGGUACGCGAGCAUCAGAAAGGGUACCUGUCAGAUUGUAGUCAUAUCUACCGCCUGCUGUCUGAUAUAGAAUAA